AUGGAGUCUCCCUCCGGACUGGGCGUAAACUCCUUCGAGGUGGACACCGACCGUGAGUCGCAGCGGAGGAUGGGUGGGGCCAGAGGAGCGCUAGGCCAUCGUUACACACAUUCAACCACCUGUACUCUCACGGUGUGCGCAGUGCGGAGAUGCAUGGACGCCACCCCUAGGAGCUCGGUCGUGAAGGAGGGCAAGGUGGUCGUCCUCGCCCUCUGCCCCCGGGUGUACUGGGAGAAGCAGCUCAAUUAUGCCAUCAAGUUUCUCAUACGGUCAUCCAGGGACAAAGUCAUCAUGUUGCACUUCACUGGCCCGAAGGAUGUCGCGGACGCGAUGUCGGAGGUCAUGGACAAGGCUCGGGCCAUUCUGCUCAAGCGCACGCGCCUCUCCGACGCCAUGAUCGAGACCGUGGUCCGACCUCUGGGCAAGCACUCCGUGCACAGCUGCAUCGCUACCUUCUGCAAGGAGGUCAACGCCAGUAUUCUGGUGCUGGGGUCCCGGAAACGAGAUCCACAUCAUGGUUUCUUCAGCUUCCACAAGCAUGAAAAGGUCGAGUCGCAUUGCCGGCAAGCGCUCGUCGCCACGCGCGUUGUGCACGUAGCCCCUCCUGCCGGUGUGGCGGAGGCGUGA